AUGGACUCACAGGAUGCGGAAGAGCCUGUCCUGUCUGAAGAGACAAAGGAAUUGUUGGCAAAUGAACCAGUGGGGUCUUGCGCAGAGGGGGCUACAUGGAUCUCUCCAUAUCGUCUUCUCUUGCCAGGAGAGCAACAAAGCCCCAAUGCGAUAAGUCGUGUGGAUAGUAGGCCCCAUAAACCCCACUUUGUUUUCGAGUUCGCAGAGCAUGGAUUCCUAGGAGACCAAAUUAAUCUCAAGUACAUGAAGCCCAAGAGCGGCACGGAUUCGACGCCUGAUGGGAAGGAAGUAGAGCUGCGGGCUUUUAAGCUUCCUCUCCUUAAACUUGGCCAGGGUAACGUCUUGAAACUUACAUACGGCCAAAUUUCUGCAUUAGCAGGAGAUUUCUACGGAACCUUAAAUCCUAUUAGUUCCGUGAAAUCAGACGCUGAAAGAAAAAAGUUUUUCUUUGAUGCAUAUCAUACUCUAGCGAACAACCCACAAGACCAACCUAAGGAUGCACGGAACCUACUGGGUUACCUUCAGAAGGAAAUAGACGAGGUACAAAAGCUUUAUGACGCAAAGAAAAACCCGUCAGAAUACUACAAGGAAGGCACAGGCCUUGCUGGUAUAGAAGCAAUUGAUAAGCUUAUUAAAGGUCGCCACUUUCCGGGAUAUAAGGAUCUCCUUCUAAUUAACUGGGAUCACUUCGGAGAUGACGCCCGCACUGCCUAUACCACCGGUCAUUCAGCCGCUAUUAGCUGGGCUGCUAGCGGACAGUGGACGGUUGAUCGUCUUGUAGAGGCAUAUGCAAUAAACUCAUUUGCCGACCACUAUCUGCAAGACCUCUUUUCCGCUGGCCAUCUUCGCACGCCACGCCGUGUGCUGCACGGGUAUCUAGGGUUGGCUGAUGCCCUUGCAAAUAUGAUGCACGAUGAGGACUGCGCGCUGGGACUCAAGGUCGCUAAUAAAAACAGCUCGUGGCAAGCGUAUGGAGAUAAACGCUUGUUGGACAGUGUGAACAAGGAGAAUCUCCUUCAAUGCCAAACCGCCAUGGUAAUAUCUGCGCAAGAAGUUUACUCUGCCUGGAAAAACCGCAAGGAAAUUGCUUCAUCCGACUUUGAGGUAUGGAAGACGGUGCCCACCUGUUACACGGAAAUGGCUGGUUACACAAGGGCUACGGUCACGAGACCUAGGGCAAAGUCCCUCACCGACUUCUUGUAUAAAUAG